AUGGCCACAGAAUUAAGACAUUCCUUGGCAGAGUUAUUGCUACUCAAAGACUCCUUGGGCUCUCCUGACUUAGUCUCUGAGGAUCACCAAUGGUCUACUAGUAAGUCUGCUAUUCUUGCAAUCUUACAUGGUGAAUAUGAAAAAGUGCUUCUGGACUCUCCUUAUGCUCUGUUUGUCUAUGGAGAUGAAGCCCAGAAGGUUCUCUCGGUAUACUCAAAUGCGAACUUGAAAUCCACUUUGAAUAAAUUUGUUGAUACCUUAGUUCAAAAUGUACCAAUUUUGGAUGUUCACCUAAUUACCAUUGCAUUACUCCAACUCUUCAUCCAGAACAAUUUCACCGGCCCCGAGCCAAAAAUCCACGCAGCCAAUGUCUGGUUUCCAAAUAGCGACCCUGAAAAGCUCCACAAGGAUGCUUUGGAGUUGUUAUCUAUUGAAGGUAAAAGUGCUUAUGACCUAAUGAAGCAGCCACUACUUCUUCUUGUCUCGCUUAUCAUAUUCGAAAAGUUGCAAAAGACUUCUAUAUCAAUAGUUGAUGGGGGAUCUAUGCUAUCCAUUGAAGAUGUCACGGCUGAUAACUCGAAUUCCAUCGACAAUCUUGAUAUCCACGACCCAGUGACCGCCUCUUUUCUUUGGUGGAGAGUGAGAGCUCUACAGGUUCACAUUUCAGUCCUCUCUGAACCAUCUGAUAUAUUGGCUUCUGUUUCCUCGAUUCUUUUGAACCAAAAGCUCGUAAACACAAUUGCCCCAUCAGGAGAGACGGACCUCGACCUUCAAAAACACAUUCAGCUCAUAUACCUUUUGGAGAACGCCAGAAAUGGCAUUCACGCACAGACAGAACACUUAUCGGAACAGUUUUUGAAGAAGGCAGCCAGCGUAUCGCAAUUGCAGUUCAUCUUAUCUGGAGCUAAGGCUAAGAGAACAAAAUUCCAGAACUUUCACACAGCAUCGUUGAUUCUCCUUGCAAAAAGCAAAGAUUCUCUGGUGUACAAUCAGGAAUCCCCAGAGACUCGUCAAAAUUUGGAGUUGGAUUCCGAUUUGCUUUUGGAAAAGCCUGUGUAUGAGUCCUUAGAUGACUAUUCGCUGGAGAUGCAAUCAAACUCUAAGAAGAUCAAGCUCGAUGACUUGUCUCACCUUGUUGACAGGGACGAAGAGAGAAUUUUUCCUAUUGCAAUGUUGCAGCAAGAUAUUCAUGAGGACCUUUUGAGCCUAGACCCCAAUAAUCAGCCAACAUUGACUGACUUGGACAAUAUUCAGCUUUUGCUCCGUUGCACUAUUUUGAAGCAGACUUCUCCCUCAGGAAAUGCAUUGGUCGAUGAGGAAUUGUCAGCUGUUGUGAACAGAAUCGUGUACUCUGCUACAAAGAACAUUAAUUGGUCAGUGUUUGGAAGAGCUUUAUGGGAGAGAUCUGCCCUUGAGACCAAUAAGUCGCGAACUGUAGAAAGAGGAAUCUUGCAGAUGACUGCAUUAGUUGAAGAGAUGGGUAUCAACAUCAAGACUCGUGUGCUUCCCACCGAAAAUUUGGACUCUGGAAGUAAAGUCACCGCCUCGAGACUUAGGUUCAUCCAUCAACUUCCUCUCAUGGCUCAAUGGACCAUGGACGCAAAACUUGCCGAAAAGUAUAUGUCUCUCGGAGUGUUGAGGUCUGCAAUUGAAAUCUACCUAAGAUUGAACAUGGUGGCUGAAGCUGCGUUGUGCUACGCUGCUGUCGAGGAUGAGGCGGAAGCAGAGAAAAUUUUGACUGAGCGUAUUAACACCCAUCCCAACGAUGCCCGUGCGAUCAGUAUCUUGGGAGACAUCAAGGAAGAUCCUGAAUUGUGGAACAGAGCAUGGGAGAUCGGCCGUUAUGCCAAAGCUAAAGCAUCAUUGUCGAGAUAUUAUUACAACCCACCCUCUUCAUCUGGAUUGACCAAGAACCUUCAGUUGGCUAUAGAGAACAUGCACGACUGUCUUUGUGCCAGUCCUCUUUCGUACGAAAAUUGGUUUUUCUAUGGAUGUUGUGGUAUUGAAGCAGAGAACUUCGAAUUGGCUGCUGAGGCUUUCACCAGAUGUAUUUCUCUCGAUGAAACAAACGCACAUGCGUGGUCAAACUUAGCCAGUGCAUUGUUAAGACUCGACAAGGUGAGGCAAGCAUUUACAGCAUUGAAGAGAGCCUUGCAACAAGGCGAAGCAUCAAAGAAGUCAUGGAGAAUCUUUGAAAAUUACCUCCUUGUGGCAGCCAAAUUAGGCGAAUGGAAUGAUGUGUUAUUUGCUACCAGAGAAUUAAUAUCCAUUCGCCAACAAGAAGGAAGUGGUAAUGUUGUCGAUAUUCCAGUGCUUGAGAGAUUGAUGCAGCUUUUAGUAGAUGAGCCUUAUCCUCAAGAGACGAGAAUCACACAUUUCCAGAGGUCUUGCAUCGAUUUGAUGUGCAACAUCUUGCCCAAUGUGAUAAAUAAUUCAGCUAGAUGUUGGAGAAUUGUUAGCAGGGUUGAACUUUGGAGAGGAAAGCCUUGGGCAGCUUUGGAUUGCCACGAGAAAGCAUACCGUGCAACUUCUCUGAGACCGGACUUGGAUGUCAACGAGGAAGCAUGGAAUGAAGCAGUUGAAUCAUGCUCUGAUUUGGUUUCCGCCUACGAGUCACUAGGAGAAUUGCCUGGCAAACACGGUGCUGGAGAUGUCGUAUGCAAAGACUGGAAGUAUAAGUCUAGGACAUGUAUUCGUUCGCUCAUGUCGAAGGGAAAGGCUACUUGGGAGGAUUCUGAAGGCUGGAACACUUUACAGCAAUUGAAGGAAGAGAUUGCCAAAUCUUGA